ACUAUAUAAAGGGAAACUCGUCAAUUUUCGUUUGCCAGUCUGCAGCUUCACUAAUGGCGAUUCCCAAACGAAACCCUAUUUUCCUGUCUGUAAUCUUUGUUUCGCUCCUCGCAAUCGCCUCCGCUAAAGUAUUCUUCGAAGAACGUUUUGAUGAGGGAUGGGAAAGUCGGUGGGUAAAAUCUGACUGGAAAAAGGAUGAGAACAUGGCUGGGGAGUGGAAUUACACUUCUGGAAAAUGGAAUGGAGAUCCUAAUGACAAAGGUAUUCAAACUAGUGAAGACUACAGGUUCUAUGCUAUUUCAGCUGAGUUCCCAGAAGUCAACAACAAAGAUAAGACUCUAGUCUUCCAAUUUUCUGUCAAGCAUGAGCAAAAGCUUGAUUGUGGUGGUGGCUACAUGAAGUUGCUCAGCGGUGACAUUGACCAGAAGAAAUUUGGUGGUGAAACCCCAUACAGCAUCAUGUUUGGGCCUGAUAUCUGCGGCUAUAGCACUAAGAAAGUGCAUGCUAUUCUCACCUACAAUGGGACAAACCACUUGAUCAAAAAGGAAGUUCCUUGUGAGACUGACCAACUCACUCAUGUUUAUACGUUCAUUCUCCGUCCGGAUGCUACCUACAGUAUCCUUGUUGACAAUGUUGAGAAACAAACUGGUAGCUUGUACACUGAUUGGGAUCUUCUCCCACCUAAGAAAAUAAAGGAUCCUGAGGCCAAGAAGCCUGAAGAUUGGGAUGACAAGGAAUACAUCCCUGAUCCCGAAGACAAGAAGCCUGAGGGUUAUGAUGACAUUCCAAAAGAAAUUCCAGAUCCUGAUGCUAAGAAGCCUGAAGAUUGGGAUGAUGAAGAAGAUGGUGAAUGGACACCUUCAACUAUUCCCAAUCCUGAAUACAAGGGCCCAUGGAAGCCAAAGAAAAUCAAGAACCCCAACUACAAGGGCAAGUGGAAGGCACCAAUGAUUGACAACCCUGAUUUCAAGGAUGAUCCGGAUCUCUAUGUUUUCCCCAGCUUGAAGUAUGUUGGUAUUGAGUUGUGGCAGGUGAAAGCAGGAACAAUGUUUGAUAACAUCUUAGUUGCUGAUGAUGUAGAGUAUGCCAAGAAACUAGCUGAAGAAACAUGGGGCAAGCAGAAGGAUGCUGAGAAGGCAGCAUUUGAGGAGGAAGAGAAGAAGAAAGAGGAAGAGGAAUCGAAGGAUGAGCCAGUGGAUUCCGAUGCUGAGGACGACGACGAUGAUACUGAUGAUGGUGAAGGAAGUGAGUCGGAUUCAAGCAAAGACAGUGCUGAGGAAGAUGCAGUACAACAUGAUGAGCUAUAAGGCAAGAGGAAUACAGUAUUUCGCUGGCAAUUUGGUUGAGAGCUUAAACACAAGUGCUUAAAUUUUCCAUUAGUAUCUUUUUAAGAUGUAGUCUUAUUAGUUUUUAUUUAGAUAAAAAAGGAAUUAAAUGCUGGCAAGAGAAGUUUGAGUGACGCGUUUGAGUAUGAUUUCAUUAACUCUGCCUAAACUAAGAUUUAUCCAAUGGUUUUGAACA